CUGGCAAACAUGGCUCCCGGAGGUUCACGAGGGUUCAACUGUUCGUGGGAGAAUUGCGGCAAGUCAUUCAAUCGCAAAUCCGACUUGUGCAGACACUAUCGCAUUCAUACCAACGAGCGCCCGUAUCAUUGCACAGUACCUAGUUGCAACAAAAGCUUCAUCCAGCGCAGCGCCCUAACAGUCCACUCGAGGACUCAUACCGGCGAAAAGCCUCAUGUCUGCGACCAUGAAGACUGCCGCAAGGCCUUUUCUGAUUCAUCGAGUUUGGCGCGCCAUCGCCGUAUACAUACCGGCAGACGCCCCUACAUCUGCUCCGAGCCGGCGUGCGACAGAAGCUUUUGCCGAAAGACGACCUUGACAAAACACCAGAGUCGUACCCAUCAACCGGGCGUAAACACACGCCCGUCGUCAGAAGAGGCUCCUACACCGGAAAGCAUGACAUAUCAGACGCCUGUGAUGACAACAAUGCCUCCUAAUUCUAAUCAAUAUAUCCUUGCGCAACAACCCUACUAUCACAAUGGACCUACGCCCACCACUGCCGACUUCUACCAAACCCCACAGCCUGCGAUACAUUUCCCUCAGCCCCAGGCAAUGGUACCUCAGCCUAUCCCCACCGCUGGACUUCCAACUCCCCCCUUCGAGCCACAACACUAUGCGCAAAUAAUGCAACAACAGCAGCCCAGAUACGACCCAACUUAUAUACAACCGCAAUAUCAAUCACCAACUCCGCCGUUUGUCGCGCAACCGCAACACCAUAUGACAGCAGAUGGUCGUCCUAUAGUGGCCACAUAUCAUCCAGAUCAAUUCAAACCGCCUGCUCGAAUCUUGAGCUCACAGGAAGCUAUGUUAAUCCGUUUUUCUCCUGCUCUCAGUACCUUGGCUGGAGGUGCAACCCCGGACCCGGAACACAGGACUCCGAAUUUCGGUUCUGGAGUGAUGAGAACAAGUCACUCCUGGCCCUUCCCCCCUUAA